AUGGCGGCGCUGCAGGAGAAGAAGUCAUGCAGCCAGAGGAUGGAGGAGUUUCAGCGCUACUGCUGGAACCCGGACACGGGCCAGAUGCUGGGCCGGACGCUGUCCCGCUGGGUGUGGAUCAGCCUCUACUACGUGGCCUUCUACGUGGUCAUGACCGGCCUCUUCGCCCUGUGUAUCUACGUGCUGAUGUGCACGGUGGACCCGUACACGCCCGACUACCAGGACCAGCUCAAGUCCCCAGGGGUGACCUUGAGGCCAGAUGUCUACGGGGAGAAAGGCCUGGACAUUUCCUACAACGUGUCUGACAACAGGACCUGGACAGGACUCACGCAGGCCCUGCACCACUUCCUGGCGGGCUACUCGCCCGCGGCCCAGGAGGCCAACAUCAACUGCACGUCCGAGAGGUACUUCUUCCAGGAGAGCUUCUUGGCCCCGAACCACACCAAGUUCUCCUGCAAGUUCACAGCAGACAUGCUGCAAAACUGCUCCGGCCGGCCGGACCCCACCUUCGGUUUUGCGGAAGGAAAGCCAUGUUUCAUCAUCAAGAUGAACAGGAUCGUCAGGUUUCUCCCCGGCAACAGCACGGCCCCCAGGGUGGACUGCACCUUCCUGGACCAGCACCGGGACGGCCCGGCCCUGCAGGUGGAGUACUUCCCGCCCAACGGCACCUACAGCCUUCACUACUUCCCCUACUACGGAGGGAAGGCCCAGCCCCACUACAGCAACCCCCUGGUGGCCGCAAAGCUCCUCAACGUCCCCAGGAACCGGGAGGUCGUCAUCGUGUGCAAGGUCCUGGCGGAGCACGUGACCUUCGACAACCCCCACGACCCCUACGAGGGGAAGGUGGCGUUCAAGCUUAAAAUCCAGAAGUAGAGGAGCCAGGCGGCUGCCCCCAGGCGCAGGAUGACCACAGACGCCACGCCCAGCCAAACCCAGCACCGCGGUGGCUCCGCUGCCGAGCUCCCCGGCGUCAGAAUCCGAUCAAAUCUGUCACUUUUUAGAUAGAAUAUGUAGCUACACUAGAAACAGGCUAACAUGGAGCCCCUAAGGCAGCAGCCGUGCAGCUCACGAGACCCCAGAAGGACUCGUCUCUUCCACGUGGACCUCACCUUUCCUGCUGUGAUUUAUUUUUCUAUACGUCACUGUAAAGACCAGUCGCACGUGGGCACUACUGACCUACGGCUUCGUGCCUUCUGAACCGCGGCUUUAAAA